AUGGUUUCUGGCGGUGCCAAAUCCCGCUCUCAGCGAGCAGGUCUCCAGUUUCCUGUAGGUCGUGUUCACCGUCUUCUUCGCAAAGGAAACUAUGCUCAACGUGUUGGUGCUGGUGCUCCCGUCUACCUUGCAGCAGUUCUUGAAUACCUUGCAGCUGAAAUUCUCGAGUUGGCUGGCAAUGCUGCCCGUGAUAACAAAAAGACUCGUAUUAUCCCCCGUCACUUGCAACUGGCCAUCCGUAACGAUGAGGAACUCAACAAACUUCUCGGUGCUGUUACCAUUGCACAAGGAGGUGUCUUGCCCAACAUCCACAACGUUCUACUUCCCAAGAAGGUCAAGGGUGGAAAGCCUGGCGAUAUUGCUGGGUCUCAAUCUCAGGAAUACUGA